CGCAGCUGAAAUUUGCAGAUAAAGUCGGCUACGCCGCACAGAAUCUGACAUAUGUGUACCAGAGUGCAUGGCUAUUUCUUCAAGUCCAUUCAUUUCAACAUUGACUUCUUACUGUUGGAUCAACAAUCAUCAACGCCUCAGCCUGUUCAUCUCCGGGCUGUUAUCCUCAAAAUGACUCCCAUGGCCAUGAGAUUAACUACACUGCUGGUCCUCGCGACUCAGUCUCUCUCUCAAACUGUCAAUAUCUUCCGUGAAAUUCCAAGCGACGUCGAUCAAUGCAUCCGACCAUGUCUCUUCCGUCCCAACAACGCAAACGCUGAUCUCGGCAGCGCUCUAAACUGCGGCGCACCAUACCAAGAAAAAUGCUACUGCGCAACGGAUAGCGACAAAGCGAAAGCCGUGAGCAAACACAUCGACAGCUGCGCACAAGCUAGUUGCUCAAACGGGCAAGAGUCGCAGGAUGCUGAGACUAUGCGACACUAUUACGCUUCUUACUGCAUGGGAAAUGGUUACUCAGCAGAAGCGAUGGAAGAAUGGUACACAGGUACCGAGGCUCAUGUCACGGGAACGGGUACAGCUACCGUAAAAGACAUGUGGGGAUGGAGUACGGGGACAAACGUAAGAGCGCAUAUUUUCCCUGACGCGACAGGACGGAACGGUAACAACGACGACGAUAAUGGCGGUGCAUCUUUGACGAGCUUCAAGUUACUGUCCUUGGGGGUUCCAAUAGUUGUGGCGCUUUCUCAGUGGAUUUAGGGUUUAACUAUUUCUCUCUGAGAUAUUGCUUUGAGUAUUAGUCUGCGACCUAAUAAAAAAGACUUGUACCUGUCUCAUGUAUUUGCUACACAAGGCUGGAUCUUAAAUGGGCAGACGGGGUAACAAAGGCCGAGGUGGAGAAAGGCCGGGGUGAGUAGAACGAGAUAUAAACGAGGUGAACAAGACAGUAAACGAGGCACUUUUCACAGCCGUGGUAUAUAUAAGAAGCAUUAUUUUAAAUAAAAUAUAACAUAAAAGAUAUCUUAAGUAGUAUAUCCAUUAAAGAUAAUAUAAUAGAUAUACUACUGUAGAAGGAUUUAGUAGUAAAUAUAAAGAGAAUAAAGCAAAGUCACACUGAGCAAGGGAACGAGGCGCGAACGAGAUACAAACUACUGUACCCAAGUCCUGAAAUGAGCCCGAUGCACAAAGACG